AUGGCCAGGAAUGCGACUGGGCAGGGGUCGGAGAUACGCCAUCGUCUCGACCCUCAGACGUCGACUGCACCCUCACAAUCGGCAUCGCGCUCGAGUCCUGCUCUAGGUGGACGGCGGGGAGUAGUGAGAUUGAAAGACAAAGGCAAGAAGAGGGCUUUCGGGUGGGGGCUGGGUCAGGAUGCGUGGGUGGAGGAGAAGUUUAGGCGCUUUGGCGAGCACUGCGCGAGAAAUCAAAUACGGACACUCCUGCUCGACUGCUUGGUCAUGACCAACCUCUUCUACCCCUCACUUGCCAUCUACCUCUCGAAGCGCUUCCCGCCCCCAUCCUCGGAUUCCCCAUUCGCUCAGCCCCGCGCAGGACCAUCACGCGCUACACCCCGAGAGCACCCGCUGUCGAUCUUGACAACCCGACUGUUGGACAGCUUCUUCCCAUAUCCACCACCAUUGUUACCCCGAUUGGCGUGGACGGGAUGGUGGGAUGACACCCCUCCUGAUCCGGAGGAUGGCGCGUGGUUUCUCGACCGGCCAGACGGCGAGAUGGAAUGGCUCGAGGAGGAGGUGCGGGUGAUGCGGAUCGCCUGGGCAGACGUAGGAGACGUGCUAGAUGGACCAGGGGCCAGCGAGAGGUCCUGGGCGCAGCGGGACCACACGAUUCUGGGGAUACUACGGGAGAUGGCCGAGGGGUGGGAAGAGAGCGGAGGCGGUCAGCGGUGCGUGAGGAGUCUGGAAGACCAGAGGUGCAUGCUGUUCUCUCCGGACGAGCUGGAUGAAGAGGCAGUCCAGCACAUACAGCUGCCGCCUGCGGCCAAGCUGAGAACGGAGGAUAUUUACCGAGGAGUGGUGGUGCCAUUCCACGUUCCAAGAGGGGAGCUGCUCGAAUUUGAGCGGCGAUGGGCCGAGGGGAUGGGGGCUUUGGGAGGAGUAGCGCAGGCGGAGCUCUUUGGGGAGGCAAGAGUCACGGGCAGAGGCGCAGACAACAGCGGGGCUUGGCUCUUGACAUUCCAAUCAGAAUCAUUACCACCGCCCACGACACUUCCCACUGUUGAGCCCACCCUGUCCCCCUCACCAUCCAAAUUCGUCUAUCUUCUCUACCUCGCACUAUUCAGCGUACUCGGCCACCAGAUCUCCAACGCGUCCAAAGUCCACUCGCGCUUCGGUCUCGCCUUUACCGGCUGCGUCCAGCUGUGCUGCUCGUCCGUCAUGUCCUUCUCCAUCCUCGCGCUUCUGGGCUGGAAUGGCUGGGGCGUAUCGAUGGAGCCGACGACGUUACCGACGUAUAUCUUGCCGUUCGUCGUCACGGUGGUAGGAGCGGAGAAUAUGUCUACUCUUACCAAAGCGGUCUUCUCAGUCCCAUUUACAUACUCCGUCCCCGCUAGGAUCGGUCUGGCACUCAGCAAGGUUGGGACUAGCAUCAGCAUCACCUCGCUGUCGGAUCUAGUCUUGCUCGGCGUGGUCUGGUUUGUCGCCAAUAUCCGCCCUGUCCGGGAGUUUUGCGUCUUUGCAGCGGUCUUGAUUGUCACCGACUGGUUCAUGCUCAAUACUUUCUUCUUGACUAUCUUGUCAAUCGACGCGCAACGUUUGGAGCUGGCGGACGUACUCGCCUCGUCUGAUGGAACCGCCUCACCCACCGACGCCAGCCAAAAGGCGAAGCAGGGGGUCUCGGACUCGCCCCGACAAGGGUGGAAGAAGUUCAUCCAGGCUCGGACCGCCAAAUCAGGCAGUCUGAUCGCUAUCCUCUGCUGCGUCGGUAUCAUUUACUACCUCACCGAAAGGCACCGACUCCCCGCCACCGCUGCCACUCUGUACGGGUACGAUCCCACUUCUACGGCGUACCAGCCUCCUCUGCGACCAACUCCUACUCCCCUCGACCUCGCAUCCUCACCUCACAACACGACCAGCUCCCAAAACCUGUGGCACGCCAUCAAUCCAGACGGCUGGCCGUCAAUCCGUAUCUCCCUGCCACCCGCUUCUAUCUUCGUCCUCCCGCGUACCGGCCAUGCUAUGGCCCCGUCCUCUCUCCGCGACCUUGCGGGGAAUCGCCCGCGGUCUCCAUACCCCCGUAUCAAGCCCCUCCUUCACGCCAUCAAGGUACUCAUCCUUCCUCAGGCAGUGACUGCAUUCGCACUGUGGGGUAUCUUGCUGUAUCUCUUGAAGGACAAGGAUCUGCUCGAUGCGCAGCGGAACAAGUUGGGAAGAGGAGAGUCGGAGCCCUUGCCGGAACGUGCUGGCAAGACGGCCACCACGUCGAAACUAGCGAGCAAGCUUCAGGUGCGGAUGCUGCCUUGUACGCCAGCGAGCGACGUUGAGAUUGUCGUCGCGAGUGCGGACGGGAAGCUCGUCCUCACCAUCUCGCUGGACAACUCGGUUCAUCUCUGGCGGUUCACCGAGACGGAGGGCGGAGGCACGCGCGAGAGGCUGGACCUGGAGCUAGAGGAUACAACUGCCGUCAUAGCGGCGGCUACGUUCUGUGCGAGCGGCAGAUGGGCGGCUGUUGUCACUCGAGGUGGCACAGUUCAGAUCUGGGAGGUGGUGGAGACCGGAUCGGCCAAGCUCGUCCAAACUCGCUCGGCAACCCCAGGCGGACGCAUCUGCGAAAUUGCCUUCCAGCCCAUCUCGCGCGAUGCCGACGACCCAUUCAUCAUGUCCCGUCAGUCUUCGGCAACGGACACGUCUCCUCCUCCUGUGCUCGUCAUUAUGGCGGACGGCUCGGUUGUCAGUCUCGAUGACAGCAGCCGCCGGACGCUCAUCCCCUCGUCCGGCAACGUCGCUCGGGCACACCUCAUCCCCGACGCUACGGGCGAGCGAUGCGAUAUCGUUGCAGAGUCAUCUAGCGGGAUCGAUCUCUGGCGAGCGUCAGACUCGGGCUGGGACGCGAUCUCCCUGCACUCUACAAGGAUGUCGCGGGAUCGGCUCACUGCGAGCCAGGCCUUCCGCCUCAAUCGGGGAUCGUACGGGACCAUCUACGCCUUCGGCUACGCAUCCGGCCUCGUCGAGAUCUUUGAUACGGGCGGUACCCUCUUGAUAGUCCUUCAUCAUCCGGAGACCAUCACGGCGCUGUAUCUCUCGGCGCCGAAAUCUAGCAGGUGCACGACUUGCUCUUCGGUUCUGACCGCUGGGUUCUUUGUCGUCGCUUGCACGGCCACGCAAACGCAUGUGGACCUUGUCCACCCCAGGAGCAAUUCCGGACUAUGUCGGUGUGCUAGCAUAUCGGCUCCGCCCCGCCGCUCAGCUUCAGGCGAGGACUAUCCCUCCUCUACCCCAUCAUACACUGCAUCCCCCGUCGGCAAGUCCGGCGUGUCCCUCGUCAUCCCCCCAUCUCCCGCUCGGCGGUCUACACCGGGCAACUCCCCUCGUCGCUCCCCAUCGUUACUCCCGCCCGUAUCGAAUGGCGAAUUCCCGCUCUCCUCGCACGGGACACGUCGGUACUCGUCACUACACCGAGACGAUGGGCCCGAGCAAUCUGGCGCAGCUAGUCAAGACAGCGUAUCAUGGUCCGACCUCGACUUCACGUCCCUCGGCGCCAUAGCUACCGCCGGCGGAGGGGGAUCAGCCCUUCUCGGCCAAUCGCGCGACCGGCUUGUUGCCCUGCAUCGAGCGGGGACGGGCAUAGACGAUAGCUCGUGGCUCGUCCUCUCCCUAGACCUCGCGGCGCCAUGGAACGGUACCACGCUCGUCGUGGACUCGGCGAGCCUCUCGGUCGUGCAGAGACGUACGGCCGCGAAGCAGAUUAUGGGUGAAACGAGCAUGAGGGCAAGGCGGACUGAACGCCUUCUUUCGCUCAGCGGGCGAAUGACGUUCCCUAGUCUCAGUGCUGGAGGGAGCGGGGGUGCAGCCUUGGGCGGGGGACUGGCGUAUGUCGGGAUAAGGCCGGUGAGGGCUUUGGGGACGAGAGGGGUAGUUGGUGGGUUUGGGAAUAGGUUGGGAGUGGUGACAUUAGAGGAAGAUGGGAAGGGCAAAGAGGAGGGCCACAAGGAGGUAGGGGUCAGACGAGAGGGUGGGGAUGGCGGGCUAGGGAACGGUGUUAGGGCGAAAGUGGGCUCAGCGGUGGGAGUGACGGGAUCGCCAUUCCUUGUUCCGCCCCCAUUGACUUUUGGGAAUAGUGGUAGCAGCAGUAAAAAGGCUUUGUAG